GGCGCUGAUUUCAUUGUGUGACGCCGGGACCGACCCAGCCGAAACCGGCUGAAUCCGGAGCCCCGAGCCCCCCAGACCGGCCCCGCGCAGCACGUUUCAAUGUGUUGCCCACCAGCUGGACGCCUGGUUUUCCAAAAAACUCCUACGUGUCUUCUCUAAGCUUGACGAGUCAAGAUUAAAAUUAAAUUAUGAUAAGAAUCCAUGUGGAUUUCUAACGUGGAGUCUGCAGUUCAAGAUAAAGAUGAAUCUGCGUUCUGUAUUUACUGUAGAACAGCAAAGGAUAUUACAGCGUUAUUAUGAAAAUGGAAUGACAAAUCAAAGUAAAAAUUGUUUUCAGCUCAUAUUGCAGUGUGCACAAGAAACAAAACUGGACUUCAGUGUAGUCAGGACCUGGGUUGGCAAUAAAAGAAGGAAGAUGAGCAGCAAGAGUGCUGUAGAAUCUGGAGGUGCUCCCCCAGGGGCUGCCCCUGCUGCUCCCUCGGUACCGCCAGAAGCAGCAGUUAGAAAUGUGGUAAAUAUUGCUCGGUCCCAAAGUCAGCAGUCUUCUUGGACCUCUUCUAAUAACGAUGUAAUAGUUACUGGUAUAUACAGUCCUGCUAGUUCAUCCAGUAGGCAGGGAUCCACCAAGCAAACAAGUGCUUCAAUGGCAGAAAUACAUAAAACCUCUAUUCCAAGACUACCAGGAAAAAGUGACUCAGACUUUCAGCAGCAGCACAUCCCUAUAGGGCGACAAAUACCACACUGUAAAAAUGCCUCACUAUUAGUAGGGGAAAAAACGAUUAUUUUAUCUAGACAAACAAGUGUACUGAAUUCUGCGAACUCCAUUUAUAGUCACACAAAAAAAAGCUAUGGUGGUUCAUCAGUCCAAACUGCAGAGUUGGUGUUACCUCAGAAACCAAUGAUAUGCCACAGACCCUGCAAAGCUGAACUCAUGGGAUGUCAGAGGUUACAAAAACCAGAACAUGCAGCCCUUGCAUCGCAUGUGCCCCCUGGACAAAGGGCUAACACUAGGGACCCUUCUUGUAGCACACAAAACCUGGAAAUCCGCGAGGUGUUUUCUCUGGCGGUUACAGAUCAACCUCAAAGAAUUGUGGGAGGAAGUACAGCACAGAAGCACUGCUCAGUGGAAGGCAGCUCUCUGUCCAUUGCGAUGGAAACUGGAGAUGUGGAUGAUGAAUAUGCUAGAGAAGAAGAACUAGCAUCCAUGGGAGCACAAAUACAAAACUAUUCAAGAUACUGUGAAAGUAGCAGUUCUGUUCGAGUGGAGAACCAAAGUGCAGCCUUAUCUGGGCCAGGAAGAAAUGUGAGCUGUAGUUCUCAGAUGGUGAAUGCCAGGGACGUGCCUGACAGUAUGCUGUAUCACAGCAGAGACUACCACUUGCCUGCACGGACCUCAUUACAUACAUCCAGUACAUUAUAUAACACUGCUAAUACAUCAAGAAGUACUUUUUCUCCUCAUUUUACAUCUUCAAAUCAACUGAGGCUGUCACAAAACCAAAAUAAUUACCAGAUUUCAGGAAACCUUACUGUGCCUUGGAUUACAGGUUGUUCCAGGAAAAGAGCAUUACAGGACCGCACCCAGUUUAGUGACAGAGACUUGGCGACCCUAAAGAAAUACUGGGACAAUGGCAUGACCAGCCUGGGCUCAGUCUGCAGAGAGAAAAUAGAAGCUGUUGCUGCAGAAUUAAAUGUUGACUGUGAAAUAGUGCGGACAUGGAUUGGGAAUCGAAGACGGAAGUACCGUUUAAUGGGGAUUGAGGUCCCACCCCCUAGAGGAGGUCCUGCUGAUUUCUCUGAUCAAUCUGAAUUUGUUUCUAAAUCAGCACUUAAUCCAGGAGAGGAAACUGCUACUGAAGUGGGGGAUGAUAAUGAUAGGAAUGAUGAAGUAUCAAUCUGCUUAUCUGAAGGAAGCUCACAAGAAGAAACAAAUGAAGCUCUUCAAAAUGAAGAAAUUCAUCACAAAGAUGAUGAGCGGAAUCCAGUAGCUGCUGAUAAUGUGAAAAUAGAAAUUAUAGAUGAUGAAGAAAGUGAUAUGAUAAGUAAUUCUGAAGUGGAUCAAAUGAGUUCUCUUUUGGAUUACAAGAAUGAAGAAGUCAGAUUCAUUGAAAAUGAGUUGGAGAAUCACAAACAGAAGUAUUUUGAACUGCAGACGUUUACACGGAGUUUGAUACUUGCUAUUAAAUCAGAUGAUAAGGAACAGCAGCAGGCACUGCUCUCAGACUUACCUCCUGAAUUAGAAGAAAUGGAUUUCAAUCACACAUCACCAGAGCCUGAUGAUACCUCAUUCAGCUUGUCGUCUUUAUCGGAGAAAAAUGCCUCAGACAGUUUGUGAUUUUACUUCAUUUUUUUAAUUAUUUCUAAUUGACAGGAAGAAACCUCACAUAAUGUGUAGGUUUCAAGAGGACAGCAUUUUGCUGUACAGUGUUCUUCAACCCAAAAAGGAAAAGCCCAAGGUGAAGUAGACCUCCCUGAAGAAUGACUGUAGUACAUAGUGGCUGCGGUUUGCAAUAUCAAGAAAUGUUGAGUGUUGUUUCUGCUAAAUGAAAGAACUGUGUGAGGAAAUGUUUCACUUUUAGCAGUUUGGCCUUGAUUAGGAUAACUUCUGACUUUCCAAAAUAACACUUGCUCUGUAGCAAAGACUUUUUGAGCAGGGAUCCAAGAGUGGAAAACAAAUGUCCUGUGACACAAACAGCCAGUUUUUCAGAGUUGCUUGCUCACUAUUCCUGGUUUUAAUUUUUUCCUAUUUUGACUCAGGUAGGUGGACUAAAAAUUGAGAAUCCAAAUA